GAAGUUCAAGUUGGAACACUGGCUGGGCUGAGAAAGUAGACUUCGACGAAAAUGCUGGCAUAUUGCAUAAGGUUGAGUUGAUGUCUUGUGAUGAUUAAUUAAGACAACAACCAACUAAAUGUUCAUUUGCCAGUAAAAUCUACCACACAAUAGUGAACCACUGAAAAGUAGACCCACAAAUAUCUAUACAUGUAUAUAGCUGGCUGAGCAAACAAGCUGACAAAGGUAGAAUUUCUAGGGCAUUACUAUUAUUUUGGGGGUUAAAUUUGUUGGACUAUGAUUGAAACGUGAAAUGUGAGUUUGUUUAAUUUUGUAUUCAAUGCAGCUACUGAUCACACUACAGUUCCUGGCGAAAGGUGAAUUUUACAGCGAGGGCGGGCUAACACAUGGUGUCGCAAAGAGUUCUGUAUGUCGAUGCAUAUGGUUAUCGAAGCACUUGAUGCAAAGCUGAAUAACAUCAAUUUCCCGAGAACUGCUGCAUCUCUUGCAACAAUGAAAAGAAAGUUCUUCAAUAUCACAAGGAUUCCUAAUUGUAUUGGUGCGAUUGACAGCACACUCAUCACAAUUCUGGCACCAAAAGUUAGAGAAGACAUUUUUGUGUGUCGAAAAGGGUAUCACGCAAUAAAUGUACAAGCAGUUGUGGAUCCAGACAUGCGGUUGGUGGAUGUAGUUGCUCAAUGGCCGGGUUCAACCCAUGACAGUACCAUCUUUGAAAGUUGUGGAUUGAAGGCCAGGUUAGAGACAGGAAACCAUGGUUGGCUCAUUGGAGAUUCUGGAUAUGCCUUGAAGCCAUAUCUGGUCACACCCAAAAUUAGACCGUCUACGAGACAAGAAAAUGCCUUCAACACCGCACACAGCAGAACAAGAAUGGUGGUUGAAAGAACAUUUGGUUUGCUUAAAUCUCAUUUCAGGUAAAUAUUUUUCACAAUUCAUUAUUUAAUGU